UUUCUUAUUUUCUUAAUGGAACUAAAAGCAUGUGAGUCACACCCCCCUCCUUCCUCCUCAGGUUGUAUGCAGGGCAUGGUUCCCUACCUACCAGAGUUGAUGCCUCACCUCAUCCAGUGUCUCUGUGAUAAGAAGGCCCUGGUGCGCUCCAUCGCCUGCUGGACCCUGUCCCGCUACGCCCACUGGGUGGUCAGCCAGCCCCUCGACUCCCACCUCAAACCCCUCAUGACUGAACUCCUCAAGAGGAUCCUGGACGGGAACAAGAGGGUUCAGGAGGCCGCCUGCAGUGCGUUUGCUACCCUAGAGGAGGAGGCUUGUACAGAGCUGGUUCCCUAUCUGAGCUUCAUUCUGGAUACUCUGGUCUUCGCCUUUGGAAAAUACCAACACAAGAACCUGCUGAUACUGUACGACGCUAUAGGAACACUGGCCGACUCAGUAGGACACCACCUCAACCAACCGGAGUACAUAGAGAAGCUGAUGCCACCUCUCAUCGCCAAGUGGAAUGAGCUGAAGGAUGAAGAUAAGGACCUGUUUCCUCUGUUAGAGUGUCUGUCCUCUGUAGCUACAGCCCUCCAGAGCGGCUUCCUGCCCUACUGUGAACCAGUCUACCAGCGCUGUGUUACACUGGUGCAGAAAACACUGGCUCAGGCUAUGAUGUACAGCCAACAGCCGGACCAGUACGAAGCUCCUGAUAAGGACUUUAUGAUCGUGGCCCUGGACCUCCUCAGUGGUCUGGCUGAGGGCCUGGGGGGCCACGUUGAUCAGCUGGUGUCCCGGAGCAACAUCAUGACACUACUGUUUCAGUGCAUGCAGGACACCAUGCCAGAGGUGAGACAGAGCUCUUUCGCCCUGCUGGGUGAUCUGACCAAGGCCUGCUUCCCUCACGUCAAACCCUGCAUCGCUGAGUUCAUGCCUAUCCUAGGGACCAACCUGAACCCAGAGUUCAUCUCUGUGUGUAACAACGCUACCUGGGCCAUUGGAGAGAUCUGCAUGCAGAUGGGUGUAGAGAUGCAGCCCUAUGUGUCUCUGGUUCUGAACCAGCUGUAUCCUACAGAACUACUCAGAACUAGGCUGUAUCCUACAGAACUAGGCUGUAUCCUACAGAACUACUCAUAA